AUGGUUCAUUUAGUAGUAGCAGUUCCUGGCAGUUCUUGCAAUUGCUUCCCAGGAGAGUUUUUGGUGGAGGCUUUCCGAACGUUGUACGAGUCGCCACGUCUUCUUGCAAACCGUGCUGUGGCAACCAGGUUCGCUGAGGAUCAGCCGGUGCCAGUUUCGUCUCUGAUUGACAUUCGGCAAGUGUUGUGUGAUUACCGUCAUUUGCUUGACUCUGCUGGGCCGCAUCACAACAUCGAUGCAGGAGCUGUUUUCGAAGCUGAUGCCAAGAUCCUCUUGCUAGAUAAUCUUCAUAGAGCACUGGCCGCUGAUCAUCUUGCAUUUUCCCAGGACGGUAACAUUGCCGGCGGUCGCAAGACCAAGUAUUCGUGCAGAGCCAUAGUCACGGCUGUGCAGUCCUGCACUUUGCUGCGUGAUUCGAGCGACUUGCUUCGCCAGAUUCGGCACUCUGUCCAAUUGGUCUUGCCAGAGCAGGCAAGUGAAUUGCAAGCAGCCAUUGACAAGGGGUUGGUGCGAGCUCCUUCUGCAGGGUCUGUGAGUCGUUGGCGCUUGUCCGUGGAUGUUGGUUUCAUGUUUUUCAUGAGGGAGCUCAAUGCCGCAUCAAGUACGCAGGCAGUGCGAUGCCUGCUGACAGACUCCAGUCCCCAGAAGGGCUUCGAUUGGCUAUUGACAGAAACACAUGUGUUGGCCCCUGCACAAUUUUCUGAGUGGUGUCGUGUCAUUUGGGAUCUUGCUUUGACUAGGAGGCAGGCAGAGAAAGUCACGAGUGUUUUGGAAUCAGCUGAGCCACUUGAAGCUGACGUGGGCCGGUAUGGUCAUGAUCCGGAACAGCUGCGGGCAGAUCUGCAAGCGUUGGAAUGCCGACGGCAUCUUUUGCAGAAGAAACUUGAUGACUUCCCGUCUGCUUCUGGCCGAGAGGCGCUGCCAACUGUUGAUGUGCACAUGUGCCCACCUUCAGCUUUGGGAAGCCAGCGUUCGCAGCUUGUGCAUAAAGUGCACGCACUACUUCACACUUUGCAGCUUGAGCUUGGGACAUGGCCGUCUGUUGCUUGCUGCCUGGCCAGCAUCCGUGGGGUCACCACGGAUUUCGGUACGGAGGCAGGCCUUGCUGAUGUGCAGGAAGUUGAUCUUACCGACAUGUUUCCGUGGGCAGCAGAAGCUUUGGAUUUCGCUCGCCCCCAAUGUGACCAAGAAGCCGAGCUCUUUGGAGGACAUCAUGUCAACCGACCCGGCCAGCAGGAGCAGGAGCAGUGCCCCUACCUGCGAAUCGACCCAAAGCCUGCAGACGAAGGUGGUGGAGCCCGCAUCAUCCUGCCACGGCUGUUCCCCUUGGCUAUGCAGAUUCCCGGUGCUUUGCACGUUCUUCACCAUGCCGUUGAAGAAAUCACUGCUGCUUUUUCGAACUAUUCUGAUUGGUUCCUGCCUGGACUUCAGGCUGUGACGGCAUCCUUGGGCAAAAAACAUGUCCGAGAGCGCUUUGUUGCCGACAUUCUCCGCAACACGCCUGGGGCAGGCUUUGAGCAGAGACUGCUAGAGCUGAAACUGAACCUUCAUGAAGCUCGAUGGGGAACCUUGAUCAAUACCUGCAAAGAACUACUUUCGGUUCGCUUGGUUUUCCUGUAUUGGGACGGCGAGAGGAUGUUCGGCCAGAUGCCCGCUGCAGACGCCGGUGAGGAGGUCCGUGAAACCCACAGUGCAGGGGUUCGUGCAACAGAGGCUUUGAAAGAUAUCUCGUGGUGGUCCUAUUUGGGCAUGAUUUUGAGACUUGCGAGAGUCGUUGACCACUUGGAGCACUGGUGCGAAGCAUGUCCAUGUCACUUCAAGGCCCUUGAUCCGGCUGAGCCGCUGACAGGAAACAAAGCAUUCAGGACAAGAUACUCUUGUCCGAUGGCCGGCCGGCGAGCCCCUGAGUUGGCCGCUGGUGCCUUGGGCGAUCUUCUUCGAAUCACUUUCUCUGAUCAGAAUAGCCAUCUGCUGACGGAUUGUUCUUCUUUGCAACGUGACCAGACAGAGCGCAUCAUCAAAGAUUUUGCGUCCGGACAAACACGUCUGGAGCAGUUUCUCGUCACAAAAUAUUCAUUCUGGCAGAAUCUGCCACACAGCCUCUGUGUCCUUGGGCAUUACUCCCAGGAAACAGCCCGAGAAGGAUUGCGAAAGGCCCGCGAUGUUUUCCUUCAGAAUCAGGACAGUGACCGUCACCACCCGUUCACGCUUCAUCUCUUUCGAGGUCCUGUGGCAGCCGAAGUAGAUAGUUUCUUGCAGGGCAAUGUGGAAAGGAGCAACUCGAACCUUCUGGCUAAGGAAGCUGCUGCCUGUGCUUUCAUUUCAUGUGUGGAACGCAGCAUCGAAGCACGCCAUGCCCUUUUGAAGAUGAAGACUGCCGUCAUGAAGAGAGUCACUCCUGCAACGUUUUCUUUGGCCGUCAGGGCGCAUGAAUUUACCAGACGUUGCUUGAGAGAUGAGAAAGCUUUGGGGCAAUGGGAGCAGCAUGUUUUGAGGGUCAAGGGCCGCUCACGCAAGGGCCCGCCUGAUGUCUUGAUGCACCUCGGGUUCUCGAACCAUCCUGAAGUUGUCAGGUUGGCCGCUGGUCCCAGAUUCAGACUCAGGGAUGCCUCCAACAUCGUCUACCAUUGCGAUCUAGGCACCCAGUACCACAAAAGAGUUUCUGCUUCGAAGACAAUGCGGGUGCCACAGUAUCGCCAGCAUCCGGACGAAGCCAAAAAGCUUCGCAGCUUAGUUCAUGUUCAGGACUCCCCUGAGAAGAAACUUGAGGUGCUCCUACGCAUUUUAAUGUCCGAAGACUUUCGCCGGAAGUCUGCAGAGGGUCACAUGUAUGCCAUCAGAGGGAGCAGUCCCUCCGAUCGACCCCUGCAAGAUGCUUUGGUGCCCAAAGCUGGGGACAGCGAACCUUCGCAGGCUGCUCAGCAGAUGUUUGCAGCUCCAGACGGCCAGGAUGAGGAGCUGUUUGCGGGUCAGCCAAGGGAUGCCGGUGCUGUUCUUAUGUUCCUGCAGGUCGUCAAAACGAACCCGUCGCAGCAGCAACGUGUACGCACGGGUGAUGCCUUCCUGCCAAAGCAGCUCAGUCAUUUGGAUGUGACCGUGGCUGUCCACCCUUCAUCUGUCCCGAGGCCUGGUGAAGAUGAUUCCGAUAUGAGUUCACGAACCGUGGCCUUGCUGCCCCAGAGGAACUCUUCGGGACGCUGUGACCUGCGAUUGUUUGACCCACCGACUGUCGCCUCCAUUCCGGAGGCUUUGGAAGCUGUUACACACUGGAAAGGGUCCUCUGUCAAGGUUGCUUUUGAGCCUUCCAAUGUUCCUGCCUUGCCUGAUUAUCUCCGUGACACAGCAAGUGCGCUCGUGGCAGACAUGGCUCAGAUGGGCGCCAUCACUGGCAGUGCUUCUGAGCAUCCUUUGUGCCUCUCCCACGCAGACGAAGCCGUUCAAUCGCGACUGGAGGUGCUGGAACGUUUGCAGGAUUUCGGCUUGGUUCAGGCAGUGAACUGCUUCGAUGAUCGCAGCUCCUGGCUUUUGAGUCCCGAUGCCUUGUCCCACAUGAACUUGCAACUGGAUCUACAGACGCCCGAGCCGUUGUUUGCCGUGCCUGAUGGUGUGCCCUCUCUCGCAUGGUCGCGGAUGGACAUGCUUGGCUACUUGCACAAGCAAGGGUGGGCCUGCCAUUUCCUUUCAGAUAAAGAAGAACUAGGGGCUAUUGUGCCCUUGGACUUGUCUUUCCGUAUUUCCGACGACAAGAACAUCUACAUCUACAAGGGCACCUUGCUGAAGAACUACUUGUGCUGUCUGGCAUUUGCAGAUGCUGAGCUGGCUUUGCAAGACGAGGAGCAGAAAAUCCAACACUUCCAGAAGAAUGAUUACUACAUGUGCCUUUUGGGUCUGGAAGUCAAAAAAAACAAACGGAGACUGCAAGAUGCUGCCGCCCUGCAGCCCAAUGCCUUUCUUCUUCCGCAGGUGGACGAGGAGAGAGCAAUCUUUGAUGUCGAGCGGGAAGCCUUGCCUGAUGGCAAUCGUGCUGCCCAUGACGACGCUGAUUGCCUCAUCGACGACGAAGGCCAAGACGACACACUUGUCGGGGAUAUCAUGCGCUUGAUGGAGGAGGACGACGGCUCUGAUGGUCAUGAGAGUUCUUCGGCAGCUGCUGGUGGUAUUGGCUCUGUAGAUUUCGGUUCGGCUGAGGAUGUAGCAGCACGAGCUUCCAGCGGUGAUGAUUCCGAUAGCUCUUCCAGCUCUAGCUCAAGCUCUUCCAGCAGUUCCAGCUCCAGCACCUCUGGAACCAGUGCAGCUCCGGCUGCAGCCGUCCCUCGCAGGCCCAGGAGUCCUUCACCCGAUGGUGCACAUCGUCUCGUCCGGCAACGCAGAGGCGAGACCUUCGAAUGGAGGGGCUUCAGGCUGACAUACAGGCCAGAGGGUCCCAACCGGAAUGCCGGCUACAUGGCCCUCUGUAGAUAUCACAGUCGUUCCCACGUCAGCACAAAGUGCACUCGCACUUUGACGUGGGCUACACCUGACCAGAAAGAUGCCGUCAUCCGCCGCUUGAAGACUUGGUGUGUGCGGGCGCCGAACUAUGCAUAUACAGAUGAGAACCCUGACCGCAAGCCCCACCAAGGACAUGAUCGUGAUGACAUUCUGUCUGAUGAUGAACUGGAAAACAUUCCCCUACCGCCAUUCCCGGAUGCCCAUUAG